UUGUAUUCACACAAAGUGGGAUUUUCCAAGUCAUUCCGUAGGGGACAAAAUGAACACUUGGCUUUUCUUAUUCUUUAUGAUUAUCCCAUUACAACAAAAGUGGCAGUUCAAUCGCACUUGAAUUAUAGGCCCCCUUAGAAGCAGAGGAAAGACAAGCAAUAUCUUAGCAUUGAUUACACCAAUCUUUUCUUUUUCAAUCAAAAUCAAUGAUUUUCCUCAGAAAAAUCAUAUCCCAGAAACAAAUAGUGUUCUUGCCGUUUCCCAGAAAAUCCUUGAUUUUCUUUGGUUUGUUCUCUUUCUUUUCUAUCAUUGGUCAUCAACUCAGAGAGAUUUCAUGUGGUGAAUGCUGCAAAUGGCUUUCUUUUUUCUCUGUUCCCUAAUGAGUAUGAGGAAAAUGCCAUUUGGUUUCUUGACUGGACUUGUUCUUGUUGCUGUACUUCUGGUUUGUGAAUCUGAGGGGCUAAAUUCUGAAGGUCAAUACCUUCUACAGAUAAAGAGCAGAUUUGUUGAUAAAUUUAAUCAUCUGGGUGAUUGGAAUUCCAAUGAUUCUACACCUUGUGGAUGGACUGGAGUGACUUGCAGCUAUGAUUACAAUCCUGUGGUACUUUAUCUUGACUUGAAUUCUAUGAAUCUUUCUGGCACUUUAUCUCCAAGCAUUGGUGGGUUAGUUCACUUGACUUAUCUUGAUCUUUCUUUCAAUGAAUUUUCUCGGGAUAUACCAAAAGAGAUUGGAAAUUGUUCCAAUUUGGAGGUCCUUCUUCUAAAAAACAAUAAGCUUGAAGGUCAAAUACCUCCUGAAUUAGGCAGACUUUCUUCUUUAUCAAUUUUUAAUUUGUGCAACAAUAAAAUAUCAGGGCCUUUUCCGGAAGAAAUUGGAAACCUUUCAUCUCUGACCCAGUUGAUUGCUUACACUAAUGAGCUUACUGGACCAAUCCCAAGUUCUUUUGGGAACCUUAGAAAGUUACAAUUUUUUCGAGCCGGUGAGAAUCUGAUAUCUGGAAGCUUGCCUUCUGAGAUAGGUGGAUGUUUGAGCUUGGAAUAUCUUGGUCUUGCUCAAAAUCAGUUGAGUGGAGAAAUACCAAAAGGGAUUGGAAUGCUCAGGAAUCUGACUGAUCUGAUUCUUUGGGAUAACCAGCUUUCAAAGGGUGUCCCAAAAGAACUUGGAAACUGUACAAAUUUAGGGACUUUAGCCCUCUAUGAAAACAUGCUUGUGGGACAGAUUCCAAAGGAGCUUGGUAACCUUGCGUCUCUGGAGCGAUUAUAUCUGUACAGAAAUCAGUUAAAUGGAACAAUUCCAAGAGAGAUUGGUAACUUAUCUCUAGCAACAGAGAUUGAUUUUUCAGAGAAUUUUUUGAGUGGAGAAAUAUUAAAGGAGUUCUGUAAUAUUAGAGGUUUGAAAUUGCUUUAUCUUUUUCAAAACCAGUUUACAGGUCUUAUCCCACAUGAGCUCACAAGCUUGACAAACUUGACUAAGCUCGACCUCUCGAUCAAUUACCUAACAGGACCAAUUCCUGUUGGGUUUCAAAACAUGACAGAAUUGAUUAUGCUACAAUUGUUUCACAAUUUAUUGACCGGAAUCAUUCCUGAUCAACUUGGAUUCUAUAGCCCACUUUGGGUGGUUGACUUAUCAGAAAAUUCCUUGACAGGAAGAAUUCCUCCUUAUCUUUGCAGGAAUUCUAACCUGAUCUUGUUGAACUUGGAGUCAAACAGGCUCACUGGAAAUAUCCCUCCUGGGGUCACAAGCUGCAAGUCGCUGGUACAGCUCCGUCUGGUCGGAAACAGCCUCACAGGGAAUCUCCCCCUAGAUAUGUGCAAAUUGGUUAAUCUUUCUACCGUGGAGUUGGAUCAAAACAAGUUCAGUGGCUCCAUUCCUCCUGAAAUUGGUAACUGCAGAACUUUGCAAAGGCUUCAUCUUUCAGAAAACUAUUUUACAUCUGAGUUGCCAAGAGAGAUUGGUGGGCUUUCAAAGUUGGUGACCUUUAAUAUUUCAUCAAACUCGCUUUCCGGGAGGAUACCAGCUGAACUGUUCAAUUGCAAUAUGCUUCAACGUCUUGAUCUUAGCCAUAACAACUUUAUGGGUUCAUUGCCAAGUGAAAUAGGAACCCUUUCCCAGCUGGAACUUCUCAAGCUUUCUGAUAACAAACUUUCUGGUAAAAUACCUUUAUCACUGGGAAAACUCUUGCGGUUGACUGAGCUACAAAUGGGUGGAAACUCGUUUUCUGGUGGUAUACCUGCUGAGUUGGGUUCCCUUUCCAGCUUACAGAUUGCAUUAAAUCUCAGUUAUAACAAUCUCUCCGGAGAGAUUCCUCAGACCCUUGGAAAUCUUGUUCUACUGGAAUAUCUUCUACUCAAUAACAACCAUUUGACAGGUGAAAUUCCAAGCUCUUUUCAGAGGCAGUCAAGUCUACUUGGCUGCAAUUUCUCAAACAAUGAGUUGACAGGGCCAUUACCUUCUCAGCUCUUUGAGAAUAUGUCUAUAAGCAGCUUUCUUGGAAACGAAGGACUUUGUGGUGGUCCUCUUGGUGACUGUAAAACACCUCCAUCUUCAGUCUCUCUUCCUUCAGAUAUGUCAAAGAAACGCAUCCGUUUAGGUAAACUCGUGGCUAUAAUUUCGGCAUCUAUUGGUGGAGUUUCUCUCAUUUUAAUUGUAGUCAUUGUUUACUUAAUGAGGCGACCGGUUGACAUAGUUUCUCCUGUGCAAGAAAAACCAUUUCCUUCUCCGGUUUCAGAUAUCUACUUUUCACCAAAGGAAGGAUUUACUUUCCAGGAUUUGGUAAUGGCCACCAACAACUUCGAUGACAGCUUUGUGAUUGGAAGGGGAGCUUGUGGAAUUGUGUAUAGAGCAAUCUUGUCCUCGGAUUACAUAAUUGCUGUCAAGAAGUUAGAAUCUAACAGGGAAGGAAACAAUGUGGAUAAUAGCUUUCGUGCUGAAAUUCUAACCUUGGGAAAAAUCAGGCAUCGAAAUAUUGUGAGGCUAUAUGGUUUCUGCUUCCACCAGGGUUCCAAUCUUUUGCUCUAUGAGUACAUGGAAAAGGGAAGCUUGGGAGAAUUGCUUCAUGGACCAUCUUGUAGUCUUGAUUGGCAAACCAGGUUCAAAAUCGCCCUCGGAGCUGCUCAAGGUCUUGCUUAUUUGCAUCAUGACUGUAACCCCAAGAUUUUUCACCGUGAUAUAAAGUCCAAUAACAUCCUGCUUGAUGAUAAGUUUGAAGCUCAUGUUGGGGAUUUUGGGUUGGCAAAGGUUAUUGACAUGCCACAACCUAAAUCAAUGUCUGCAAUUGCUGGUUCUUAUGGCUAUAUUGCCCCUGAAUAUGCAUACACAAUGAAAGUGACAGAAAAAUGUGACAUCUACAGCUAUGGAGUUGUUCUCCUGGAAUUGCUCACAGGAAGAACACCGGUUCAGCCAUUAGACCAAGGAGGUGAUCUUGUAAGCUGGGUAAGAACUUAUAUCCACAACCAUACAUUGUCGUCAGGAAUAUUGGAUAGUCAAUUGGAUCUUGAAGAUGAAGCUACUGUUUCCCACAUGAUAUCAGUGAUGAAAAUUGCUCUGCACUGCACAAAUAUGUCACCUCUUGAUCGUCCAUCAAUGAGAGAGGUUGUUUUGCUUCUUAUUGAUUCCAAUGAAAGGGAAGGACACUUUGAUUUGUCCUCAAAUCAUGAUACUAACUUGAAGGAUGAACCUUGAUUAUUAUACCAAUUUUAUAGUGCAUUUUUAUUCUUAAUUUUACUGCUCCAUUAUUCAUCCUUUGUGUUGUUAUUAUUAUUAGAGAAACUAGAGGGAAACUGCCCUGUUUUUAUGUACAUCCCCCUGGCAUGUAUAUGAUAUGCAAUUUAUAUUUCUUUCCUAUUUUGGUUACUACU